GCCGACUUCCUGAACAUGGGUUCUUUCGUCUCCCAGACUUUGGAGUCAGUCAAGGUCGCUGCGUCGCAAGAGGCCGCUCCGUCCGCCAAACCCCCGGCCCUCGCGUCAGCCGGAGCGCCGACUUCUCCAGAGCAAGCCCCUAUAUUUAAUAACUGCUGGAGCUGUCGCGUGCUUUCCGGGUCGGGGCUCAUAGGGGCGGGCGGGUAUGUGUACUGGGUGGCGCGGAAGCCCAUGAAGCUGGGAUACCCCCCGACUCCAGGGACCAUUACGCAGAUGGUCAUCGGCAUAAGCAUUGCUUGUUGGGGUGUAGUCAUCCUGUCAGACCCCAAAGGGAAGGCCUACCGUGCUGCUUGAAAGUACCAGCAGUGAUUUUGUCAUCUUCUGUCCCUGUCCCUGUGACACACAGCAAGCAUGGGGCUUAUGGAUGUUUUGGACAGAUACAUGGACAUCGACAGACUUCAGUCCUGCAGAUCCUACAAGACUGAGAAGACAGACACAAGUUGUCAUUCUUUGGCUGUGAGGGUUUGUGGCCUUCUCAGACUCCACAGGGAUCAAUAAAUCCGUGAGAGUAGAGACCAAGUUCUGUGUCUUAUCUGGGGAAGGAGGAUAUAAUUAAAAAAAAAAAAAUAGAAGAAAUGAUAAACCAAAUGGGAAAAUCAACUACACUGUUGUUUUAGAUAGUUCUUGUUACUUCUCCUGUAAUUAGGUUAACAUCUGUUAUCAACUUAACCCUGGAUAGGCAUCAUGCAAUAUGCAGAAAUACAUAAAACUUUGUACCUGUGUACUGCUCAUUCUUCCAAAGGCAUUCUGAAAUCCUUCACCUUAUGAGAGUUUCACUGCUACUCAGGUGGUUAUUUUAUUGGUGGUAAGUGAACCUCAGGAAAGAGCCCUGGUGAUUUGCCCACGGUCAUUCCGCAAGUCAGUAAUGGGGCUAGGACUUGUUCUUAUUGAGUUGUGCUUGUUCCAGUCUUUCAGAACUAGGAUGGUUCCAAAGAGGCAAGAAUUACCCUUAUGAAACAAUUAGGUAAUCAUAAAAAUAAGCAUACAGUAAAAGAUUUAAGUGCCAAAAUAUUUUGAGAGAAAUGCACAACGUUUUGUAAUUAAAAAAACAAUUUUUGGUUCUUUUUUCCACAAGCACUGGAAAUGUUUCUAUGAUGAAAUUGAGACGCUUUUGAGAUAAGAACUUAAAAUUAGUUCAUUUCUAAGAGAAAUCUGUACUUCCUUCCAGUUCUUUUUCUUUCUGAUACACCAUGGCUUCUCUAUAAAGUUAUAUGUGGCUAUUUUUAAGAGCAGAGAGAGACUCUUAAAUGCAGCUGCCAAUCACAGUGUGUAAGUUUUGAAUGAUAUGUUGAGCAAGUACCUUUAGGACUGUUACUUUUUCUAGUAGUAUGUGGAAGUGCCUGUCUAUUAAGCCUCGCAAAUAACAAGACUCUUACGUUGUCUACAUCAGAGGUCAUGGUAUGGGUGGUGAUAUGUAUAUAUAUAUCUAUGCAAUUGAGAAGGAAGACAUUUUAACCUAAAGUAGACCACAAAGGUAUUAUUUAUGUGAAAUGUACAAUUCAGUUUUAUGAUGUUAAUGAAUAUAAAAGUUUUAAAUUGGAAUGGACCAUAGAGGACCCAAAGCAAGGUGCCUCCUUGAGGGCCCAUGAUACGUGAUCAUCCCUUAAAAUACCAAUGAAGACAGGUACUCCCUGCUUUUAAAGGCAGGCCAUUCUUUUCAAGGAUGGCUGGAGUCUGAACAUUUUCUUAGGUUAAACCGAAAAUGCAUAGGUCUAACUUGUUCUUGGCUUGACCUACUGGAUAAGUAGAGUAACUCUUAAACUUUACAUUAUAAUGUAAUUUUAACAUCUGUUGCAGAAUUUGUCCUAGUAUGAAUCUGUAAGCAAAUGAGAGCUUUUUCCAAAUAAACUUGCCUGCUCACCAGA